GCGGAAGUGACGUGUAGGCCGGCUGAAAGAAAAGACAGAAAUUCACACACAAACGACCAACCGACCGACCGAACAGAAGGAAUAUCAAAAAGCGCGAGUGUUCGUGGAAGUGUUGCGGGUUUCUGCAGUUCAUUCAGAGUUGACAUUGACUGAGGGGGAUGAUGGCGAGGAAGGGUUCUUAUAAAGAUGUGUCUGGAGUGGUGUUUGACACACAUUCUAAAAUGGCGAUGUCUCAAGGAGGAACUUUCGAGAACAUGAAGGAGAAGAUUAAUGCUGUGCGGGCUGUGGUGCCCAAUAAGAGUAACAAUGAGAUUACUUUGGUGCUCCAGCACUUCGAGAACUCUGUGGAUCGAGCAGUGCAAGCAUUUGUAGAAGGUAGUGCUGUGGAGAUCCUGAAAGAAUGGAAUGUAACUGGAAAAAAGAAGCCCAAGAAGAAAAAGAAGUCAAAACCUCAGAAUGAGGCCCUUCUGGACCCCGCCCCUGACGAGUCAACACCGGAUGUUGAAGGUUCAGAGGCUGUUAACGGUUUCCACGCCAACGGCUCGGCAGGUGCUGACGUAGAUUCCCUAGAUUCUCUUAGUGAGCAGCUAGACUCAGUCUCCCUGGAUGUACCUGAAAUGGAUGCGGAUAUUGUUGCUCCUGAGAUUUCAGAUGCCACAGGUGGGGAGAUGCCAACAAACCCAACAACCAGCCCCAACCCUCAGCCUAACCCUAACCCCAGAAUUGAAGCGCGACAGAACCAUCACAGUUCACGAACUAAUAAGUCUCAACUCAAGCCUGUUUCCAGCUCCCAGAAUUCUUCUGCCUCCGUUCUCUCUACAGAAUGGGAAAGAAUGGGAGCUUCAUCUGCCAAAAAAAUUGGCGCUAAUGUUGACCGCUCUGUGAAAGACCUACAGCGUUGUGCGGCAUCGCUCACUCGCUACAGAGUCGUGGUGAGAGAUGAGAUGGAUUCGUCUAUCAAGAGAAUCAAGCAGACGUUUGCUGAGCUCCAGAGCUGUCUGAUGGAUCGAGAGGUGGCGCUCCUUGCUGAGAUGGACAAAGUCAAAGAGGAAGCCAUGAUGAUUCUGGACGGCCGUCAGAAGAAAGCGGAGGAGCUCAGGAGACUCACUGAACAAUCGACAUCACUGACAGAGGAACAGCUUACAGAACUAAGAGCUGACAUUAAGCACUUUGUCAGUGAGCGCAAGUAUGACGAGGAUCUUGGUAAAGCUGUAAAGUUCUCGUUUGAUCUAGAACCGCUCAAGUGCAGCAUCAUGUCUUCUGGAUCAGUCUAUCAUCCUCAGACGAGCUACUCCAGCCGUUCUCGCUGCAGCUCCACCUCUUCCUCUGUCACAGGACCGACCCCUGUGAAAGCCCCGCCCCCCUCUGAGCUUCAGCAUCAGGCUUCUGCUUACGUCGGCCGUCCCGGUGUGCCACACAAACAGAUUUUCCAGGGCAACAGGCGCAUUAUUCACGGUUAUCAAGGAAAUCAGCGAUAUAAUGGAAAUGGACCUCCUGACCGAAACCCAGGCCGAAACCCUGGCCGGACCAACUACCGCAACCAGGGUGAUCGUUACCAGGGAGACCGCAGUCACCAGAGCGACUAUGGGGAGGCCCCAAACUCUCAGACGACCAAUAGCGUGAAAGGCCCCUCCCAUUCCUCAGUCUACCGCUCAGAUCGCCCCUCCCACAAUGGGCUUCCACAGAGGCAACCACGGACCCACUGCCCAUGACCCAAUCACACUUAACCUUGAUUACUUCUUACAACACACCCAUCACUGAUGUUUACACAUCACCUGUUGAGCUGUGACCCGGUCCCCCCUCUCUCUCUCUCUCUCUCUCUCUGUCUCUCUCUCUCGCUUAUGUAAAGGUUUUGUGUUUGAGUCAUUGGUAAGUGAGUGCUACUGUCAAGUGUUGAGGAAGGAAAGAUUCCAGUUUUGCUUUUUGUAUGUUAAAAGUCUGUGAAGUUCAACACUAAGAUGACGGCCAGAGUUUCUGUGUGUGUGGAGGUCACAAAGAGGCUGAGAAUUAUAGUAAGGGUGUCUGGAGAUGUGUUGUCGUGUGUGUGUGUGUGUGUGUGCGUGUGUGCGUGUGUGUGCGUGUGUGCGUGUGUGCGUGUGUGUGUGUGCGUGUGUAGGGUUAGAGAGGCUGAGGGUUAGGUUAUCUGGAGAUGUGUUCUCAGAUCUGUCUGUGCCCUGUUGGCGCAUGUUCAUCUUUUCAUGCAUGAUAGUCGGAUUGAAGUUGUUUGACUGAAGCUGUUCUCAGUUUCUGUUGGUCUUUGUCACGUGCCCUCGAUCGGUGCUAACGCACAAGUCUUUUUGACUUAGUCUCAUGAUAUACCUCACUCACACAUGCUCUUCACAAUCUGCUCUCGUGUCAAUCUAACCGAUGAUCGUCUAUGUUUGCAUGAUCAGUACCACACGCCCCAGUAUGUAAAGAUGCUGUUCUGUUUUUCAGAAUGUCUGGAUUGUUUUGCUAACGGUUACAUAUGAAGGUUCAUGUUGUUUGUCCAGCACUAGUUUCUCAUUUCAGUCCUGUAUAUAUGUAACAGUAUGUAUAAUGUUUUUCUAGCCUCGGGCCAUGUAUGUAGUGAUAAUAGGAUUGAACUCUCAGUUAAGCAGUUGUGUUCUUCCUCAUGUAUUGAGAAAAACGUCUGUUUUCUGUCAGAAAUCUGAGAUCGCUGUAAAAUCUGAAGUGCCUUCAGUCGUGUGCUUUAUCUUUUUUUUGUAUUCAUGUUGUUUUUCUGCUCCCGUUUGGACCAAAGACAUCAAACCCAUCCAGACACGCUGCCAUUAGAUACCAUCUGCUCCUGUCAUGCAGACUGCACUAGCAAACACUUGUCUUUUUUCUUGCUAACUGACCUCCUACUUUUUCUUUAAUUAUGAAUAAAGGAUUAGUAGCAGAUGCUCA